ACAUGCGACAAACCAGUCAAAGAAGAAACAAAUCGAAGUGGCUUUCUUUGUGAUUCUUAGUAUUUUAGAAACACUUUGGACACUGUUCCUGCUCCAGUUCAGUUCAACAUGGCUUCGUCGAUGCCACAGAAGCGUUUUUACAGACAAAGAGCCCAUUCUAACCCGAUGGCGCACCACUCUUUCGAAUAUCCGGUGUGUCCUCAAGAAAUGGACUGGUCCGAGCUGUAUCCAGCCCUCUCAACCUCUGACCCAUCUGAGCAAGAUAUCCCUCAAGUCGAAUUUGCAGAUGUUGGCUGUGGAUACGGGGGCCUUCUAGUGGAGUUAUCGCCGCUCUUCCCAGAUAAACUUAUCUUGGGUUUGGAGAUUCGGGUGAAAGUAUCGGAUUAUGUUAAGGACCGCAUUCAGUCGCUGCGCGCCUCUAACCCGGGAGGCUACCAGAACAUCGCCUGCAUUCGCAGCAAUGCAAUGAAGUACCUCCCCAACUUCUUUUUCAAAGGACAG